AUGUCUAAAAGACUGAGAAAACUUUCAAAUCACCAUACCAAAGUGAUGCGUACAGAUGUAUCCCUUGCAACAAGUGAUCCAACUGUUAGCCCAUACUUCACAAGUUCAAAUGAUGCUGAUGGUGAUGAAAGCAGCUCUAGCACAACAGGAGAAGGCAGAGAUCAGAGCACUGCAGAUAGUGUGUGUAACUUGGAUCCUGAUGAAACUACAAGUAAAAACAACCAGCCUUCUCUCCAGCAGUCACAAGUAGCAGCCUCAUCUGUGUUGCCUGGGAGAAGGUUAACAUACAGUUUUUACAAUCAGGAAUGUGUGACCCUUGCUAAAGCAUUAUUAGGUCAAGUUAUGGUGAGACUGAUCGAUGGUGUUCGUGUAUCUGGAGUCAUCGUGGAGACAGAAAGUUACCUUGGAGGAGAAGACGUGGCAUCUCACAGUCAUAACAACAAGAGGACUCCCAGGAAUGAGCCCAUGUACAUGAAGCCGGGUACAUCCUAUGUUUACCCGAUAUAUGGGAUGUACUUCUGCUUUAAUGUAUCCUCUCAAGGGGAUGGAUCCUGCGUGCUGGUCCGGGCAUUGGAACCUUUAGAAGGAAUGGCAAUUAUGGCAGUUGGGAGGAACCAGAGGCGAAAGAACACAACUCCUCUAAAAACACAUCAGCUCUGUAAUGGCCCCUCUAAACUUUGCCAGGCACUAGACAUGACAAAGGAUUCCUGUAAUAAGUUGGAUCUCUCAACAUCUAAUGUUCUUUGGCUAGAGGCAGGCACAUCCAUUCCUGAGAGUCAGGUGGUUAUUGGAAAAAGGAUUGGCAUUGAAUCAGCUGGUGAAGAAUGGGCCAAUAAACCCCUUCGUUUCUACGUUGCAGAUAAUAAGUCUGUCAGCGUCUUUGAAAAGAAAAAAGCAAAGCAGUCAACAGCUUCAUAAAUUCAUUUGACAUGCUGUAGAAUAUUUGUCUUGUUAUUAUUUUGGUUGAUAAUGAAUUUUUAUUCUGAUA